AUGAGCUAUAAUGAUUACACUGAUGAUGAAAUAGAACAAGUUGUGAAUGAGAUGGGAUUGGAAAUCCACGAUAUGGACUUUUUGCAUAAAUUGAGAGGAGGUGAGUUCUUCAAAUCCAACAUUUUUCAAAAUGAAAAUUUUUUAUUUUCCAAUUUUAUACCGUGAACUUUUUUUUCCAGUUUCACGUGUUCAUCCAAAUAUAUUAAUUUCCAAAAUUUCUGAAAAAACAAUUCGCUUGAAUAAAUUAUUCCAAAUUUUCAGAAAUCAACAAAAUUCUUGAUGAAGAUGAAGCUGCAGAUGACGAUACUCAAAUGUUUGGCGGAUUGUCGAUCGAUAAUUCACCACCUUCGUCUAAAAAUCAAAAUAAUGUAGUCAAUUCUCCUAUUGUUUCAAGAAAUCAUCGCAAUCUACAGUAUCCAAAUGAAGAAAUUCCAGAGCAAGGUAAUUCAGAAGAAGCCAAUUCGUUGAUCAGUCAAGCAUUGAAUACAAUUGGCCGGAUGUAUAAAACAUGUCGAAAUGCGGAAGCUGUCACUGAGGUAACGUUUUUUGUUAGUUUUUUAAACAUGAUUGAUUUGAGUUUUUUCAAAAAUCUAGCUACUAAAUUAUUUAACAUAGGAAGAAAAGAAGAGGUUUGAUAAAAUUUUGAUAUAAUUAUAACUUAUGAACUUUAGGCCAUGAGAAAAUCCAGCGAUUUCCUUGAUGAAGAAGUACCAGAAGCCUCUCAGGAAAAUGAUGAAGUUAUUGAAGACGAAGAAGAAAUUUAUGAAGACGAUUUUUCUGAAGAGACCCCAAGAAAAUCUCCGAAAAAAGUUAAAAUAGUUGAUCCAAGUUUUCGACCUGUUUUAGUUCGUAAACCAGGACGUGCUCCUUUAAAAUGUGAUCCUGUUACAAGAUUCCAUUUAUAUAAAGAAGAAUGGGCGAGACAUCCAGCUCCAGGAGAACUGAGACGAUUAUCAUUGAGAUGGAAAGUUCGAGAAUAUAUGUUAAGACAUGAUGUUCCAAGAUUACACGAUGGAAAAGCAGAACAUCCAAAAGAUUGGUCACCAAGACCAUAUAUCGAUUAA